GUCGAGACUCUGCCACCAACGCGCCUCACGCUAAUCCUUCGCAGUCUGUUAUUACAUUCAGACUUUACCGUUCAAUAUUCGUCUCUUAAGUCUCCUCUCUUCUUGCUUCCCGAGAGUUUCUGGCUCGCACUCCCGCAAUAAUAAUCCCCACAAAUUCUCCAUGAACGGCACUCAGACUGCCCGACAGGGAAAAUCUGCUCCGACAGCUGCAACACUUCCUGCACCUACCACUGCACCACCCAUACCUUCAAAUAAUGUCAGCUCCCCCGUACCCGCGGCCAAUCGCCAACCCAAUGGUACCGCAGUAAAUGGCACGCAUCCGCCCGCGCAGAAGGGCAAGAAGAAGGCAGCCGAGCAGGUGGACCCUUCACAGAUGUAUGAAACGUUGAAGAAUCGCAUUGCUGCUUUGGAAGAGGAGGAAGUACAUGAGGAAGAGGAGGAGCGAAGAAUCGCGGAGGAGGCGCAGGAUUCCGUCUCGGGCAUGGGUGAGAAUGCUAUACAUGCCAAAUACCUUGAACUUUUCAGUGAACUCAAGCGAAUCGAACGCGAACAUGCGAAAGAAAAGCAGAAGUUGAUGAAGGACAAGGAUGCAGCAAAGAGCCAGUUGACGAAGGCAAACCAGACAAAGACGAAGAUGGAGAAUCUGGCACGCGAGCUGCAGAAGGACAACAAGAAAUUACGGGAGGACAGCAAGCGGCUAGCAGCAUGUGUUGAGGAGGCUCAGGAUGAGAUCCAACAAAUGAAGAAUGACAUGGCCAAGCGCGCUGAACGCGCGAAGAUCCAGGAGACCAAGUAUCGCGAGACGCCAGAUAUCGUCGUGCGCGUGCAUUGCAAGUACCGCGCUGAGCUCUACUUCAAAAUAUCGCGCAAGACGAGGCUAUCACGGCUUUUCAACGCAUGGACAGAGAGGAUGGAGUCGGGUCAGGGGAAGAAGGUCAACGGCAAGCUGUCUGGAGGGGCGUCUGCGCAAGCCAAUGGUAUGGCGUUGGCGAAUGCAGCGAGCCCCAGUGUGGCUUCCUCCUCACCUCCCUCAUCUAACUCGAUGCAGUUCGUGUUCACGCAUGCUGGCCGGAGUCUAGAGGCAGAUCAGACACCAGAAGAGGCAGGUAUUGAGGAUGGGGACCAGAUACUGGCCGUGGAGAUCAUGGAUCUCACUGAUGGGCCAGGGACGGAGGAGAUCGACGAGCCUGAGCCUCGCCGGCAGAAGCUCAAGAAGGAGUGGGUCGAGAACCCCAAAGAAGCGAAAAAGACGAUGGAGGAGAUUUUCGACGGCGUUGUCCGAGAGCGUCUGAAGGAGGUUCUCCGACAAUACGAGCUUCGGGAAAGGCAUUUUGAGUGUGUCAUCCGCUCCAAGGAACUCGAGGUGUUGCUUUCGCGAGCGCGUGCUGCCGAGCAGAAACAGCUGGCGGACGGAGAAAAGGUUCGAGCGGAUAGGUUGGAGGAAGAGAAUAAACAUAUUCGCCAAGAGCUUGUAAGAUGUCAGGAGCAGCGGGCUAUAAUUAAGAAUAAACUAUUGGCCUGGCGUCAUGAUUCUAUCGACCCACGGAUACAGCAACUAGGAGACGCCCUGGAAGCAGAUUCGAAGCCACUCGUGAAUGGGACGGCCAAUCGUCCGCCAGAGGGAGACAUUGUUUGACCUACGGGAUGGAGAGGGAUCAAAGUGCAGGAAAGAAAGACCAUCAGGACAGGACUGGUCGAUGUUGUCCUUGCAAUCCGCAUUUGCUGUUCCUUACCCCGCUACUCGUAGGUCUGCAAAAUGAUAUCUCGUCCAAAAAGUGCGACACCGCGUGAUGAUUCGUUAGGCUGUCCCAAACUGCAAAUGAUACCCAGGCGUACUAGGAGGAGGUAGUCCGUGCACAAAUUCCGUCCAGAUGCGAUGCGAAGUAGGGAUGUGUAAGAUACGUGGCUGUUCGUACAAGCGUGAUUCCAUUCAGUCCCAAUUAGACCCAUUCUACAC